AUGAGAAUCUUACUACAAGGUCUUAGAUACCAAGCCCGAUUCGGAAGUAAUGCGAUCCUCAAGCACUCAAUUUUGAAUGCUAGUAUUAAGGCGCAACUAUCAUGCGUUUCACCGUUGACAGAGAAACUGAAUCGGACUCAAACGAGACUGCUUUCGACCAGUGCGGCAUCAAAUCUUCUUGAUUCUCUUCGUAGAGAAUACGAAGAAGAAGUUCAAUCUGGGCAAAAUGAAAUUGCAGAAGACCUAUUAUUACUAAAGAAUCAAUUGGAAGAAAACUGGCGUAUCGUUGAAGAAGGCGCCACUACGACUCUCUAUUCAAAGUCUAGUCAAAAGAUUCAAGUGUCAUUCCAUUGUCAGGAUUCCGUAGAAGAGGUUGAAACCAAUGAAGAUCCGAUCGACAAUGAAGGAGAAGAAGAAGAAAUGUCUAUGCCUGUUCAUUUUCAGGUCACCCUCUCCAAGGCUGGAAAGUCCCUCAUCCUUGAAUGCCUUUCAAAUUGUGGAGAAGCGAGUGUAGUCGGUGUACGCACUGAAGCCGAAGACAUAGAGGAAUCGGAACUGUAUCAAGGGCCUGAGUUCGUAGAACUUGACGAAAGUUUGCAGGAAUCAUUUUCAAUGUUCUUGAAGGAGGAACUUGCCGUGGAUGAUGACGUUGCCAUCUUUAUCGCGAUGCAAUCCGAUUACAUUGAACAAUCCCAAUAUUUGCAAUUCUUGAAAGAUGUCCAAUCCAUCAUAGAAUAG